CUGAGUGAUUCGAGGGACAACAAAGCAAGACAACAUUCAUCCAGGAAAAGAAGUCCCCGUCUGGUCAGAUGAAUCGACCGGUCUGAACUCCUACCGGCGUUGGGUUUUGUUCACAAUGGACAAGGUGUGUUUUAAAUCAGCGUUACCUGCUCGGGACUCAUUCGUGCUGGACGACACCAGUCUGGCUCUGCCGGACGAGCCGACCGCAAUAUCCUUGGCGAAACUUAACUCAAACGACCGGCGUCUGCGGGUUUCUCAGCAAGUUCAGUUCACUCUUGCACGGAGGGCGAAGAGGAGUGUGUCCAAUGGAGGUGUCCAUUUACAGAAAAACAGAGCCAAGAGCUUUGAUGCUUCAGAUGGAUAUUUACAAAACGUGAAGGUGAAUGGAUUGGCCUUCACCAACUGCUCUCUUUCAAGCAGCCAUGUGCAGAGACCUUCCAGACCUUCCAGGCGAGUGGAAGUGUCUCCACCACCAAGCCCAAUACCUCACCGUCGCUUCAAUUAUAGUACACACCAUUUUGGGACAUACACCCUCCCUGGACCCAGUCAGUCACAGAGGAGGGACAUUCUGCUGGACCACUCAUUUGGGUCUGAAUCAUUUCAGCGCUACGCCUUCUCAGAGGCACCUCGUUUCAUCCGGCCACAGGCAUCCACGUCUGCACGUGGGAGCUUCUGCCAGAGGUCACUGAGACAGACGGCAGGGCAGCAGCCUACGUUUUCAAAUCCAGCGUUUCGGCAGAGUGGUGAAUACGGCUCUCGCUGGAAUCAUAACCAAACUGUUGUGAAACAGGAGAAACACAGCAUGCACAACAACAUGCACAGUGGUGAUAUGAUGUUUGGUGCUACUCAACCCGAAGAAGGGCUGUUCUGGCUGACUCAGGUCAGGGGGGAAGGCCGAGGGCCCCACAGACUGAAUUCAUACCCACCCUCGGUCGUCAGUUUGGAGGUGGACCUGGGUGGGCAGACGGAGGUAGAACUCCCUGGUCAGCAGAUACAGGCACAGAAUGUCAUGACACUGACAUCACAGAACAAGCCUCCAGAGAUGACGUUAGAGAGGGCCGUGAACCUGUUGACCCAGGAUGACGAGGAAACGCUGAUCUGUGCAGCCAGCCACAUACAGAAUCAAUGUUUCAAGAGCCCCGAAGCUAAAAAGAUGGUGUAUUAUCUCCGUGGAAUCAGAAAGCUCCUGCAGCUCCUCCACAGUGACAAUGAGGAGGUGCAGCGUGUCGCCGCCGGGGCGCUGCGCAAUGUUGUUUACCAGAGCAACGAAAACAAAAUGGAGGUGAAGGAAAAUGAUGGCUUGGCGACCAUUUUGAGUGCACUGAAGAGCAGCCGCGAUGUGGAGAUGAGACGACAACUCACUGGUCUUCUGUGGAACCUCUCCUCUCAUGACCUUUUGAAGGAGCGCCUCUCCAGAGAAUCCUUGUCUGUCCUCACCCAGUCAGUCCUCGUGCCCAGUUCUGGCAUUUCCGAAGGAGAGAACCCAAAAGACGAGCUCCUAGCUGAUCCUGAUGUUUUCCACUCUGCUACAGGCUGCCUGAGAAAUCUGAGCUCUGCUGGUCCAGAUGGCAGGAAGGCGAUGAGGAACUGCGAGAAUCUCAUUGACUCUCUGGUCUACUACAUCCGGAGCUCCGUAGCUGACUAUAAGACAGAUGAUGAGUCCACAGAGAACUGUGUCUGCAUCCUGCACAACCUGUCUUAUCAGAUAGAGGCAGAGCUUCCUAGGGAAUACACCCAAGACCUCAGAGAAUCUCGACAAAAUUUGGCUCUCAAGCAAAAGACUGUCAGCUGCUUUCCUUCUCGCAGUGCCAAGAUCACAGAGCAUCUGGAGCGACAGAGCCCUCUGCUGGAGGAGAAGGCUAACCCCUGUGGCAUAGAGUGGCUGUGGAGCUCCAUCACUGUCCGCAUGUACCUGUCACUGAUCGCCCGCAGUGUGCGCCACUACACCCAGGAGGCUGCCAUCGGAGCCCUGCAGAACAUCACAGCUGGAAACGGCGCGGUGACUGAGGCCAUUGCUUUCACCAUCGUCCGGCGGGAAAAUGGUCUUCAGCAUGUGAGGAAGACGUUACAGGAGGGAGAGAGGGAUGUGAGGAGGAUGUCCAUAUCUCUAAUAAGAAACCUCUCUCGCUACCAGGACCUGCACCCUGACAUUGUGAGGCAGGUGUUGCCGGAGGUGGUGGGGAUGCUGCCCAACGACGACACCGGCACCGACCUGCCCACCGAGGUGACGGCUUCUCUGUGUCAUAUCCUGAUUAACCUGAGUCAAAGUGACUCGCAGAACGUCAGAGCCAUCAUCAACCAGGGAGCCCUUCCAAAGAUCAUCAACAUCAGCAGCGUACAUGAUGAUUUUAGACCAACCAGAGCGGGUCAGGCUGCAUGUGUCCUGCUGCACACCAUGUGGAAACACAGUGAUCUCCAUAGGGCCUUCAAGAAGUGUGGGUACAGGAAAACUGAUUUCAUUAACUCGAGAACAACAAAGGCUGUGAACUCUGGAUGAAACUGAGCCGAAGAUCCUUUUUACCAAACUCACACUUAAACACUUUAACGGUAUCAGCACUUGCAGUCACAAGUCACUCGAAGCACUGUUUUCCUGUAACCUGGAUUUUUUCAUCAGUGCUGCAAAUGAAACAUUAUAAACUAUUUCCCUUAGAAGACCCAGGAAGCUGAGCUUUAAAAUGUCCCCUCUGUGUUUGAAUAUGUUGCUCUGACUGUCAGUGCUGAUGAUAGUGUUAUGUAGCUUAAGGACAUACAUGGAUUUGGUGUUUUGGUAAUAUUGGAAAGAGGUGAAGAGUGAGGUGUUGUAGUGAAACGGAGACAGGUAACAGAACAUUAAAGUCAACAACACGUGAAGGGCCACUUUUCAUUUCAUGCGGCCUUUAAAGCACUUUUUUUUUAGCUUGUUAACAUUCUUCAUCAAAUGAAUCAGAUACUUCUGAUCGAUGUCUUCGUGCCUCAUGUUCAGAAAAACUGACAGAUGAAUGUAGAAACUCCUGGAAACAUAACAUCCCUCUACCAGUGAAAGUUAAUGGCAUUUAAAUAAUUCCUUUAUGUUUGUCUAGUUUGUUUUUUUUUUUUCUAUAGCGGCAGCUUGAUAAUUAAUGAUAGUGCUGUGUGUUUUUAAGCACUUCAGGUAAGAACCACAAUGAAAAAAAUUUAAUAUUUACAUAAAUAAAAUUGUGAAGGAUGAAGAUCAAUCAAACUUUUUUUGGCAAAAGCGUUAAACUGUUAAUGUAUGUAUAUAAAUGUUUUUAACACAGAAUGACUUCCUACUGUAACACAAAACAAGCUGAUCUUCUGCCUUCUUGAGUUGUUUGCUCAAAAGAGUAAACUAUUUUGAAUAAACUUUAUUGUUCAUUAUCUUUCCUUUACACUGUAGGUGUGAUGAAUGAGAUGGCACUUCACCUCAGUCUUCUUAAUCUUCCUGUUGCCUGAAAAAAAGUUGCCAUUAAUCAAAAAAGCUUAGAACUGACAAAGAUCAAUGAAUAUCAUUAAGUUCAUAGACCUUUAUGUUUAAAAACCUGACUUAUACAGAGGU